UCAGAGCCUUACGAUACGAGAGUUGAGGGUUUGUAGGGAAGGGUGCGUGGUGCGCGGUCUUCGCUGGGCUUUUCGAAGGCGGUCGUGCGUGCUCCGCCAUAUCCCAGAAGCUCGCGCGCUUGUUCGUCUGCACUACUACUCGUGCCACAUCUCUUGACCAGCCAGCCGACCAUGGCUCCCGCCAGUGACAUCUUGAGCAACUACAGCACUCUUCAGAAGGCUCGUCUUCAGUACGAGACUGUGUUGCCUGCAGUUUUGGAGCGAUCGUUCAAGAUCAGCUAUGGCGGUCCCACGACCAGCGCUGCGAACUCUGAGGACAUCGCUGCUCUAUUCAAGAGCAUGUACGGGCAGCCGACUGCCAUCGUGGAGCCGUCAGAGUCCAACACCUUGAGCUCGGCGCCAUUGAAGGUGGGUGUUGUUCUGUCUGGAGGCCAGGCGGCCGGCGGUCACAACGUGAUCGCUGGAAUCUUCGACUACCUUGAGAAAAACGUGCCCGGCAGCACGUUGUACGGCUUCUUGGGCGGUCCCGGUGGCAUCAUGAAGGGUAAGUAUGCGGUUAUUACUGCCGAUUUCCUCUACCCUUAUCGCAACCAGGGCGGGCUCGACAUCAUCCGUAGCGGGCGUGACAAGAUCGAGAGCGACGAGCAGAUGAAGAGGGCCAAGUCGACCGUGGAGAGCCUGGAUCUGGACGGUCUGGUCGUCAUCGGCGGUGACGAUUCCAACACGAAUGCCUGUGUGCUGGCGGAGUACUUCAAGAACGAGGGGCUGAAGACGAGGGUGAUCGGGUGCCCGAAGACCAUCGACGGCGAUCUGAAGUCGAAGGAGGUGCCCGUUAGUUUCGGUUUCGACACUGCGUGCAAGAUCUUCUCGGAGUUGAUUGGCAACGUCAUGAUCGACUCGAAGUCGGCGGCCAAAUACUAUCACUUCGUCAGACUCAUGGGCCGCGCCGCGUCCCAUGUGACUCUGGAAUGCGCUCUCGAAACCCAUCCUAACAUCACUCUCGUGGGAGAAGAGGUUGUUGCGAAGAAGAUGACCCUGAAAGAAGUGAAGUUAUACGUGCAGGACGUGGUGGUCAAGAGAGCGGCGGCGGGGAGAAACUACGGAGUGGUGCUGAUUCCCGAGGGCCUGAUUGACUUCGUUCCGGAGAUCAGCAUCCUGAUCGCCGAGUUGAAUGACAUUCUCGCGAAGACUACCGUCGACAAGGAGGGAGAGUGGAAGAAGGACCUGACGGCGGCGUCGAGGAGCGUGUUCGAGAUCCUUCCGCCCACGAUCCAAGAGCAGCUGCUGCUCGAGCGAGACCCUCACGGCAAUGUCCAGGUGUCGAAGAUUGAGAUGGAGAAGAUGCUGAUGGAGAUGGUCGUGGCCGACCUGAAGGUGAAGAAAGACGAGGGCACGUUCAAGGGCAGCUUCAAUUGCCAGAACCACUUCUUCGGGUACGAAGGCCGGUGCGGACUGCCUUCCAACUUCGAUGCCAACUACACGUACGCUCUGGGGUACACGGCGGGAGCCCUUCUUCAAUCUGGAUUGACGGGUUACAUGGCCUCUGUGAACAACCUGACGGCGCCGAUGAAGGAGUGGACCGCAGGAGGCACGCCUCUCACAAGCCUCAUGCAAGUGGAGAGGAGAAAGGGGAAGAACAAGCCCGUCAUCAGAAAGGCCCUCGUCGAGCUCGAUGGCGCGCCUUUCACCGCUUUUGCCGCCGUGCGCGACGACUGGGCCAUCAACGACCGGUUCAGAAACCCCGGUCCCAUCCAAUUCGAGGGCCCGGCAGCCAACGAGUCGAACUUCACGCUGCUGUUGGAGCAGGGUGUUUUGUCCGCGAUCAACUAAGCGAUCGUCUAGGUGUGAGGGAAAGAAAGAGCAAGAGAGAAACUUUAAGUGAGAAAGGAGAAACAUAGUGUUAAUUCUA